AUGGAUGACCCCAACGCUGACACCGAGUGGAAUGAUAUCUUACGCGCCAAGGGUAUCUUGCCACCCAAAGACGAGAAGAAAGAUGACGAGCUCGAGGAUGCCUUUGUAGAUAUGGUCAGAGCCAGACAAACCAAGCUGGAUAGUCUCGACAAUAAGGAUCUUGAUGAAUUGGACGAGUUGGAGGAUUUGGAAGAUGAUCAGGUGUUGAAUGAAUACAGACACAAGCGUAUGAUGGAAAUGCAAGCACAGGCUGCCAAGGAAAAGUUUGGUGAAGUCAAGGAGAUCUCGAAGCCUGACUUUAUCAAGGAAGUGACAGAGGCAAGCAAGGAAUGCUAUGUGGUGGUUCAUUUGUACAAGGACUACAUUCCUGCCUGCAAGUUGAUGAACCGUUGCUUAUCUGAACUGGCUCUUCAAUUCAAGGCAACCAAGUUUGUCCGCAUUGUAGCCGAUAUGUGUAUACCAAACUAUCCUGACAUGAACGUACCUACUUUGUUGGUGUAUGGCGAGGGCGAUAUCAAGGCUAAUCUAGUGGGUGCUAUCCAGUUUGGUGGCAUGAAAAUGACCGCCAAGAGUCUCCGCGCUAUUUUGGCACAAUAUGGUGCUGUCCCUGCUGAGAAAGUGGCAGACGAGGACGAUAGAAACCAAGAGCCUAAAAAGACCAUUUACCAAUCAAGAGCCACUGCUGCUCUGAGUGAUGAUGACGAUGAGAGCGAUACAGAUGAUAGAGGAUACUAUUAG